AUGGACGAUCAGGUCGAGCGUCUGGCCCAGAAAGUAUGGGGGGCAUUCCAGUCGACGGAGCCGACAGCGCGCUACAUGGUGGGCAUCAGCGGCAUCCCCGGCUCGGGCAAGACCUCGCUGGCAACAGCUGUCAUCCACCGGCUCAACGCCAUGAGCCCGUCUCCCGUGGCUGCCUGCAUCGCCAUGGACGGCUACCACCUCACACGAGCCCAGCUGUCAGCCAUGCCCGACCCAGUGCUCGCCUUUGCCCGCCGCGGGGCAGCGUUCACCUUCGAUCCCACCAACCUGAUAGCGCUGAUCAACUCGCUCCGCAACCCGCUCACCACGAGCUCUCCGACGCUCUACGCGCCCAGCUUCGACCACGCCGUCAAGGACCCCGUCGAGAACGACAUCCCCAUCCCGCCGUCGGCGCGGGUACUGCUGUUUGAGGGCAACUACCUAGCGCUCGACAAGAAGCCGUGGAGCGAUGCGGCCGCACUGCUGGACGAGCUGUGGUUCGUGGAGGUGGACUUUGAGGUGGCCAGGCAGAGGCUGGUCAAGCGACAUGUUCGUGCCGGCAUUGCAAAGGACGAGGAAGAGGCCGACAAGAGGGCGCGAGAGAACGACCUGGUCAACGGGCGAGAGAUUGUAGACAACCGUCUACCCGUGGCGGAGAUCAUAACCAGCAGGGAGGAUGCGCGGUGGAAGACCCCUUAGCUAGUCGUAGUCGGUCGGGUAGUACAACGCAUGUGCCUUUAGCCCACUUCUCCCUCUUCCACGACGUCUAGACACACACUCACACACGCCCUUGGAGAUGCCCCUUUGCUGCCGGAGCCAACCAGCGCCAGCGCCCUGC